AUGAAGCACCCACUCGCCCACCUACCAAUCAUCCACUGCUUCACCCAUCAAGCGAUUCACCUAUUAGCAACCACCCACUCACCGAUCUAUGGAGCACCCAGUAGCCCACUCCGGUCCGACUACUCACCGACCCAUCCGUCAACCACCCACCUACCUAUUAAUCACCACUCGUUCAUCCAUGGAGCACUGACCCGGCCACCAAUCGAUCGGCCACCUGGCGAUUCUCUUGUUGACCACUCACUCGUCCAUCCGUGA